AUGUUACAAAAACAACCACAGCUGACAGCUACUUCCACAACAACCACAGCUGCUCUCACAACAAUCACAGGUUCCCUCAUAACAACCACAGCUGCUGCUACGACAACAACAGCUGCUCCCACAACAACCACAGCUGCUCCCACAACAACCACAGCUGCUCCAACAACAACCACAGCAACUUCGACAACAACCACAGCUGCUUCCACAACAACCACAGUUGCUCCCACAACAACCACAACUGCUCCCACAACAACCACAGCUGCUCCCACAACAACCACAGCUGCACCCACAACAACCACAGUUGCUCCAACAACAACCACCACAUCUGCUCCCACAACAACCACCACUGCUCCCAAAACAACCACAGCUGAUCCCACAACAACAACAGCUGUCCCCACAACAACAACAGCUGCACCUACAACAACCACAGCUGCUCCCACAACAACCACAGCUGCUCCCACAACAACCACAGUAGCUCAAACAACAACCACAGCUGCUCCAACAACAACGACAGCUGCUCCCACAACAACCACAGCUGCUCCCACAACAACCACCACUGCUCUAACAACAACCACAGCUGCUCCCACAAGAUCCACAUCUGCUCCCACAACAACCACAGUUGCUCCAAUAACAACCACAGCUGCUCCAACAACAACGACAGCUACUUCCACAACAACAACAACUGUCCGCACAACAACAACAGCUGCACCCACAAUAACCACAGUUACUCCCACAACAACCACAGCUGCUCCCACAACAACCACAGUUUCUACAACAACACCCACAGCUGCUCCCACAACAACCACAGCUGCUCCCACAACAACCACAGUUGCUCCAAUAACAACCACAGCUGCUCCAACAACGACAGCUACUUCCACAACAACAACAACUGUCCCCAAAACAACAACAGCUGCACCCACAACAACCACAGUUGCUCCCACAACAACCACAGCUGCUCCCACAACAACCACAGCUGCUCCCACAACAACCACCACUGCUCCUCCCACAACAACCACAGUUUCUCCAACAACAACCACAGCUGCUUGCUCCAACAACUAUCACAGCUGUUCCCACAACAACCACCACUGA